AUGCAUUCAUGGCCUCUACCCGCAGCAUCCGCCGUACUCGUGCUACCGCCGAACCAGAAGCAACAAACACCAGUGAAGAAAACCGCGAAACGCGCACCCCUGCCCACUGAAAGUGUGCAACAAGCAUCAACCUCUUCUAUGGAACUGGAUUCUGAGCAUAGUUCAGAAGGGGACACCUCUUCUGAAGAUCUGAAUGCAAUUGAGGCCGAGAAGAUAGCUGUGACUAGGAGAAUUAAGAAGUUACAGGCUGAGAAGGAAUUGCGAGAACUCCAACACCGGUGCAAUACUUUACUGCAAGAAUUGGAUGAAACCAUCCCAGCCACCCGAAAUACACUCGAAGCGCAUCCGAACCAUGGUAGAGACGCAACUAGCGUGAAUUGUAACCGCGAAAACGCCACAAGCAUCCUCGGACCACCGGAGCCUACGCUACAAGCGCCCAACACCUUAGUGGAAAGCGCCGUGACUACUGUCAGUGGGAGACGUAGUCGGGUACCACUUUGGCAAUUAGAACUUCGAGAUCCCGGCAUGAGCGGUCACCCUCCUCGGAGAGAUGUGGAAAAGUUCCGAGGCCAAAGCAUGAAAGAAUUUGAAAACUUUGUUACAGCUGCUAUCGCUUUCCAUGCCAGUGAUCUUGAUUAUUACAACGAACACGACCAUCGGAAGGUCAUCGAAGCCGUCACUCAUUUCAAUGUCGAGAUGCAACAACGUUGGUAUCAACAUACACAUGAUAUGCGGAUUUUGCCACCAUGGGAAGAAUUUGUUAGCUGGAUGCAAUGUCAAGUCACCGAUCCAGAUAAAAGUUUCCGAGAUGCAGAUAGACAGUACUGGAAAACAGAGCAACAAGAAGAUCAGACAGUUCAACAAUUUGCUUCACAUUUACAAUCAAUUGAAGGGCGUCUGCGGCAUCCUUAUAGCGAAUACCAUCGGAAAUCACACCUCUACAUGAAAGUUCUACCUUCCAUUCGCCGAGAAUUUGACAAAUAUGCAACCAAACUAGAAGAGUUAAGCUAUGAUGCCACUCUUCACAAACUUGCAAUAGCAGAAUCAAAUCUGCCAGAAAGACGGAAGAAACUUAAAGAGAAGUCAAACUUCAGAAACCCUACUCAAAGCUUUAACAACAGAAAUAAUGCUGAACACAAAGGACUCAAAAAACGCUUAAAGCGCGCCAUUCAGCUCGCAAUGGCAACUAUAAGCGCGGAAAGUCGAUGCAAAAAUGCCUUAAGUUUCAAUGUCACAGUGGAAAUCACUACGCCUAAGAGUCUGCAAAAAGUGCUUGCACUAGUAGACUCUGGGUCAGAAGUGAACUGUGUCGAUGAAUUUUGGGCAAAAGACCACAAUCUAGAAGCUGCUCACCGCAAAACCAAGAUGGUCAAAUCGAUUGAUGGAUGCAUAAUGCGCUCCUUUGGAGAGUAUAACAUUGCAACCACUGUCACUGAUCACAAGGGUAAUGCACAGCAGACAUCUCAUUCCUUCCAUGCGAUGAAAAUGAAGGACUACAAUCUUGUGUUAGGAUUUCCUUGGUUAAAACAAACAAAUCCUCUUAUAGAUUGGUCAGAUGGACAAUUCUUCUUCAGAAGCUCUGGAGAUGAACAACAGCCUCAAAUUAUUUCUGAACAAGAUGUUUUAGCUGAAGUUCUCACCGGAGCCAGAGUAGGAAUGCUUGUAGUAUUACCUACAGAAUGUUCAAAAGACCCAAAGCAUGCUCCACGCGUAUUCUCGGCUGCAUAUUCGGACUUGCCGACCGGCCUACCCGAUUAUGUUAUGCCAUACGCGCAUAUCUUCUCAGAAGAAGCUGCUAUAAGCGCGCAAAGACCAGAAGAGGCGGAACACCGCAUAGAUCUCGAGCCUGGUGCGCGACCUCCAUUCAUGCCGAUAUACAACCUCUCUGAAACUGAGUUAGCUGCCCUAAGAGAAUAUUUAAAGAAUGCAUUAGACAAAGGGUGGAUACAACCGUCCAGUAGCCCGGCUGGUGCACCAAUUCUCUUUGUCCCCAAGAAAGAUGGUGGACUCCGUCUUUGUGUAGACUAUCGAGGGUUAAAUCGAAUCACCAUCAAGAACCGAUACCCUCUACCUCUAAUAAGUGAAUUACUUGACAGGCUCUCAAAAGCCAAGGUAUUCACUAAGCUGGACCUUCGAGAUGCCUACCACCGCAUACUUAUAGCGGCAAAAGACCGUUGGAAGACAGCCUUUAGAACGAGAUAUGGACAUUUUGAAUAUGUAGUUAUGCCAUUUGGAUUAGCUAAUGCUCCAGCGACAUUUCAAGCAUACAUUAACAAUGCCUUGUCUGAUUUGUUGGAUAUAUGUUGCGUUGUUUAUUUGGACGACAUUCUCAUAUUCUCCAAUUCAAAGCAGGAACAUAAAGUGCAUGUUACUAAGGUGCUAGAACGUCUCGAGCGUGCGAAUCUAUUUGCAAAACUCUCUAAAUCCCCAUUAUUCGAACUUACAAAAGGGAGCAAGAAAGGGGAAAGAAAAGCCACUUUUAUGUGGACAGAAAGUGCCCAAAGCGCUUUCAAUGAGCUCAAAUCGCGCUUUAUGCGUGCUCCUUUAUUAGCUCAUUUUGACCCAGCUCGGCGUAUUCAGAUUGAACCUGAUGCGUCCACUUUUGCAGUCGCUGCUAUCCUGUCACAAUUGCAGGAUGACGGGCACUGGCAUCCAGUUGCCUUCUGGUCAAGAAAGUUGAUUGAUGCGGAAACGCGUUAUGAUACUCAUGAUAAAGAACUCUUGGCUAUUGUAGCAGCAUUUAAGAAUUGGAGACACUAUCUGGAGGGAAGCCAGUAUCCAAUUCAAGUCUGGUCUGAUCAUGCCAAUCUGCAGUACUUUAUGACGACUAAGGAACUGAACAGACGUCAGGCCAGAUGGGCGGAAGCUUUAUCUGCUUAUGAUUUUGUAUUACUGCACCGCCCUGGAUCAAAGAAUCCAGCUGAUGGGCCCAGUCGUCGCGCAGACUACAGUGAGGCCUAUAAUGGCCAAACUAUGUUACCUACCCUGCAACAGAAACUGAAACAUGGAGUUAAGCUAGGCUGGGAAGCUGAUACUUCUUUUCAAAAUGAUAUUUCUUCUGAUGUAGUCUGUGCACGGGUCUCUAAUGAGCAAAAUGCUCCUUUUAAUGAGCGAAAAGCGCUCCAUACGUCGACGUCUUAUACCUCUCGCGUAAACUCUUCCCCUCUGAUGCGCGUUGAGCAAUAUAUGCCCCGGAUUGCAGUCAAUAAGGCUAUUCUUGGGGACUCAGCAUAUACAGAAAUGCCUGAAUCCUUCACCUCAUUUCUGAGUAAAGCACAGAAGAUUGAUUCUUUUGCUGCUGAGCAAAGAGAGAAGGUAAAAGAGAAGGGUAUGACUGUUGCUGAAAAUAUGCUAUGGACAAUUUCUGAGGAUGAUAUAUUGCGUGCUGAUGGUCGCGCAUAUGUCCCUCAACAAAAGGCACUCAUUGAUGAAAUUAUCAGUGCAAACCAUGAUGAUCCGCAGGGGGGUCACUUUGGUAUAAAAAAGUCCAUAGACAGCAUCCAGGACAAAUACUAUUGGCAUGGGCUAGUCAGGGAUGUCAAAGAUUAUAUAUCCACUUGUGAUACUUGUCAAAGAGUUAAGCCAAAACGGCACAGACAAUAUGGAGAGUUGGGUACAAUUCCCUUACCAUCAAAUCCUUUUGAAUCCAUUACUAUGGAUUUUAUUACAGGCUUGCCAGCCUCUACAUUCCUCCACCAAACCUACGAUGCGAUUUUAGUGAUUGUGGAUAUAUAUACCAAGUUUACGAUCUAUAUUCCUUGCACCAAAAACAUUACAGCGGAUGAGCUAGCGGAAAUCGUUUAUACCAAGUUCUAUACAAUUUACGGAGUACCUAAAAACCAUAUAUCCGAUCGAGGUUCGCUGUUUACAAGCCAUUACUGGUCCACCUUUUGUUACAUGCUAGGCGCACGCCGGAAACUUUCGACAGCCUUUCACCCUCAAACAGAUGGCCAAACGGAACGACAGAAUCAAACCUUGGAACAUUAUCUCCGAUGCUUUGUCAACUAUCAUCAAGAUGACUGGGCACGCUGGCUACCACUAGCACAGUUUGUUUACAAUACCUCUCAACAUGCCUCUACUGGAAUAGCACCCGCGGAAGCCUUAAUGGGAUAUCGACCUGAUUUGAAAAUUAACGUCAGCAAACCACCACAACCGGUUGCCAUACAUGCUGCUAGCCGCGCGAAACAUAUUGAGGAAACACGCCACAAGCUCAUCGAGAACCUACAAAAAGCGCGACAAGCACAGAAAACCUAUUACGAUGCAAAACAUAAGCCUCAACAAUUUAAAAUAGGUGACUACGUCAUGCUCAAUGCAAAAAACCUCCGAUUACUACGCCCGGUUCGUAAACUCGACCAUAAAUAUGUUGGACCCUUCAAGAUUCUGAAUACCAUCGGAAAACAAGCGUACAAACUGGAACUGCCACCUUCAUAUAGAAACAUCCAUCCUGUAUUCCAUGUUUCUUUAUUGGAGCCAUACAACCGCAGGAAUGGAGCUUUACCAGAACCAGGACCGGAACUUGUCGACGGCGAAGAAGAAUACCAAGUUGAGGAAAUUCUUGAAAAACGACAACGAAAAAACAAACCUCCGGAAUAUCUUGUGAGAUGGACAGGUUGGGGACCUAGUGGUGAUACAUGGGAACCGGAAGAAAACAUAUUAAACACUCAGGCAUUCGAAAUCUUCCUUGAACAAGAAAAUGAACGACAAAUACAAAACCAACAUACUCCCAAACGCCAAAAGCGCGAAUCUCAAGUUGAAAAACGCUAG